AUGAGGACAACCAUAAUCUGCGAUCCGGCCAUUUUGAAGACAUCGCAAGUGAAUGAGCAGCAAAUGGAAAAUCGUGAAAAUCGUUACGCGAAGCGAAAACGCACAGAAAUCGAUCCACCGAUGGAUGGGAGUGAUUUUCAGCAGCCGGUCAAGUGCAUGAGGACGUACAUGGGCAAUUUGUACAGUCAUCAGGAGCAUCAAUACGAAUUCGUCAAUGUAAUGUUCGACAGCAACCUCUUGCCUGUGCAAAAUCCCAUAAUUUCCGAGGCGAACGCUGCUAAUUUGGCAGAAUUCUCGGCCAAUUGGAGCACGAACGAUCUGCUUGACCUGGACCAGAAGACCACGUCCGGCACCUACUCUCAGCAGCCACACAUGGACACCUUCACGUCGGAUCCUGGCCAGAGACCCGCCAAGAUCGCCGUGAGCAGCGAGCCGAGUAAUCAUAUGACCUCCGAGGAUCUCGAAGAUAAGAACUUAUCGUGGCUGUUCAACUUCAAACUUGACGAGUUGCCGCACUUGUCGCCAGAGGUUAACAGGAGCGCCUCCGUCACGACGCCGCGCAGUCACUCGACGAAGAAGAUCGACGAGAUCAUUCAAGAGGCAACAGCAGGAAUUGAUGAUGAUGAAUUGAAUGUUGCGGAAAAUGUCAUUGUGGAGAAUCCCAACAGAAUCCAAAAGAAGCCGCCCUUCACCUACACCGAACUCAUUGAGUACGCUCUGGAGGAUAGAGGAGAGUUGACAGUGUCCGGCAUUUAUCAAUGGAUCUCGGACCGCUUUCCCUACUACAAGAGCAACGACGACCGCUGGAAGAACUCCGUGCGCCACAACUUGUCCAUCAAUCCGCACUUCCGCAAGGGCAGCAAGGCGCCCCAGGGCGCCGGGCACCUAUGGACCAUCUCUUCCAGGGACUCGGAGGCCAACAAUCUGGCGUGGGAGCACAAAAAACAACGUUUAGAGCUCUUUUUCAAGAUGGAAGCCGCUCACUCGCCGGCCAUUGUGAGGAGAGAAGUGGACGCGGUCUUUGACGAAACAGCGGCGGCAACAGCGAGCAUCCUGUCGCAUCAGGAGCGCCAGUCGCCGGAAAAUCACCCCCCAACGACACCUUCUGAUGCCAUGGCGACGUUCUACACCCCACAGGACACACAUCAGCUGCCCUAUGACGUGGCGGACUCCUCGGAUGACCUACGUCGAGUGGCAGGGGAGAUUCUGAAUGGCGUGAGGCGCAACGUUGAGGUGCAAAUUGUGCAUCCGGGCGACUCAUUCGCCAUUGACUCCACAGGAGAUUAUCUAAAUCCCCUGUCCAAGGAUGAGAUUGUUCAAGAGAGCGGUCUGCGCUCAAUGGUGACACGAGGCAACGACCUCGGCAAUGACUAUUUCGUCACUGAGAUCGAUCCAAUCGAGUUGGGCAUCAACAUGACGACCAAUGGAGAGGAAGAAGUCCUGUUUGGGGACGAUUUCAAUCUCAACUACUUUGGCAUCGGGACGGGAAGCAAUAUUGUUGCUUGACAGAAGACUUAGAUUAUCUUUCUCCCAAUGAAACACUCCCAUUUAUUAUACUAGCUGGCAAAAACUUAGCAUUUCCAAGAUGGCUUCUUCUCUCCUCCUCAAAAGCGUGCCCAGAAUCCUGCGCCUUCCGCCCGGCGCACGCGCCCUAUCUAGUCAAGAGUACAGAAACUGUGUUGAGAGAUGUAGGGUUUAAUGGGGUAGAUUUGCUUUCAGAACAAUUUUCGGAUCUCUCUCCACACAUUCCGUAUCUCAGUGUAUUCCUAUAAUAUGAUAUGUCAUGCGGUGUACUGUAUAGGCAAUAGAGGAUGGAUGUAGUGAGGAAAAUAACAUGAGAUUUUGUACUUGAAAGAUGUAAGAAU